UCGGAGGAGACUCCGCCUUCUCUCCGGCAGAGGACAGGUUCAACAUGGCGGUGUCCCUGAGGUGCUUUCUCCGCUCAGGAAAAAAUGCCGUGUCGGCGCUUGGACGGCGGGAAUUUCACCGGAGUGCUCCUGCUGCUGUGCAGGUGACAGUCCGUGAUGCCCUGAACCAGGCAAUGGAUGAGGAGCUGGAGAGAGAUGAGCGGGUGUUUCUGCUGGGUGAGGAGGUGGCUCAGUACGAUGGAGCCUACAAGGUGAGCAGGGGACUUUGGAAGAAGUACGGAGACAAGCGAAUCAUCGACACUCCAAUCACAGAGAUGGGCUUUGCUGGUAUUGCAGUAGGAGCAGCCAUGGCUGGCCUGAGACCCAUCUGUGAGUUCAUGACCUUUAACUUCUCCAUGCAAGCCAUCGAUCAGGUCAUCAACUCUGCAGCAAAGACAUACUACAUGUCAGCCGGUCUGCAGCCAGUGCCUGUUGUCUUCAGAGGCCCCAAUGGAGCGUCAGCCGGCGUCGCUGCUCAGCAUUCACAGUGUUUCGCUGCAUGGUACGGCCACUGUCCUGGUCUCAAGGUUGUAAGUCCCUGGAACUCAGAAGAUGCCAAAGGUCUCCUGAAAUCAGCCAUCAGAGACGACAACCCCGUUGUGUUCCUAGAGAACGAGCUGAUGUACGGCGUUCCCUUCGAAAUGUCUGAGGAGUCACAGUCCAAAGAUUUCACCAUUCCCAUUGGCAAGGCCAAGAUCGAGAGGCCAGGAACUCAUGUGACUCUGGUCAGCCAUUCUCGAUAUGUUGGCUACUGCCUGGAUGCUGCUGUCGUCCUCUCUAAGGAGGGAAUCGAGUGUGAGGUGAUUAAUCUGCGGACCAUCCGUCCUAUGGAUGUGGACACGAUUGAAGCCAGCGUGAUGAAGACAAACCACCUGGUGACGGUGGAGGGCGGCUGGCCUCAGUUUGGAGUCGGAGCGGAGAUCUGUGCCAGGAUCAUGGAAGGUCCUGCCUUUAACUACCUGGACGCUCCGGCCACCAGGGUGACAGGUGUGGACAUCCCCAUGCCGUACGCCAAAAUCCUGGAGGACAACAGCCUGCCGCAGAUCAAAGACAUCGUCCUGUCCGUCAAAAAGACCCUCAACGUCUGAGACUCACACAUUCACUCACAAACAGGACAGACCAACCUGAAUCCUCUUUGUCUUUUACGCACAGAUGGUGUAAACAUCGUCAGAUUUAAAAUCUAAACCAAGUGUAAAUACAGAUAAACGCUCCUUUUAAAUACGCUCCAGGUUGUGACGUUUCUAGCCAGAUGUUGGUCACAGAUGUUUAUCUGCAUUCAGAGCGAUAGACACCCUGAGUUCAGUCAAGUUUUUACCUCGUCUGUGAGCUGGUUACAAACUUUGCUGAACUCUGAGGCUCUUGCUGCUCUCUCCACUUCCUCCCCUUCAAAAUAAAAUGUUCUACUCUGUCGGAUUUUGUGUUUAUAGAGAGUUUUAACAAUGAAACUGUAAGUGACAUUUAAAAGGAAAAGUUUGUGGUUGAUCAGUCUGCAGGUCUUUGAGCUGCUGGGGUUUAAGAAGAGGAUUGUUGUUUUAAACAACAUUUAAAUUUGAUUUUCAACCUGCCAGAAGAAGUUCGAAGAACUUCUCCUCUCUGAUUCCUUAAAUUUGUUUGUACCAGUAUUAACUGUAAUGUCAGUUAUUUAGAAAAAGGAGACAUUACGUGCAAAAGUCAAAUUCUCAGUCAGACCUUCUAUUUAUUUAUUUUUAUUUGAUUUCUUAAUAUAAAUUAGGUUAAAUAUCUAACUUUGAACCUGUAUAUUUGGGUUAAACUUUAUUAAAUGUGGUACCAACACAUGAAAAAAAUAAAGAAGGUGGAAAAUUGUAUUUCCUCUGAACUAAACAUAAAUAAAAUGACUCUGUCCCAACAAAACAAAGUAGACUGAGCCUAAGAGUAAAAAGCUAAAAUAGAUUUAAUUCUCAGUCUCCUCCACCGUGCUCUAAAAUUCAGACCCACAGAUUGGUGAUGAAUAAAUUUGUGCUCCUUAUAGUUUUGUUGUUAAACUCCAGUCUAAACCUAGCCACCAAACCAUGAACUACUCUGUCUUUAAACCCUGCACUGACUGGGGUUCGUGUCUUGAAGCAGCAGUGAAGAAGAAUGAACUAGCCGAGUGCUAAGAUGGACUGUUGUCGGGAAUAUUUGUUGUAGCUGCAGCAGCUCUGUGGAUGUUUUUGUUGCUGUAAAUGAAUCUGUUACAGGAAUAAAAACCUUUAAGCCCCUGA